CCAUACCGAAGUUUCCAAACACGCCGUUAGCUUUAAAAAGAAAAAAAAAGGAAUAUAGCACGUUGGAGCACAUUCCUUUUUCGUUGUUGCAGUCGCACACUUCACGUAUUAAGAGCCCAACGCGAAUGCGAAUUUGGAUCUUAAUCUUCACUUCGUCUGUUCUUCGAUCUUGCGAACUAGUGAGCUGGAGUUUCAAUAAUGAUGGAGAGGGCAGAUUCUGUGCAGAAGCUGUACACGCGCAUGCGACUCUGGGAAUUUCCGGAUCAAUUUGUGAUUGAACCAACGGAUGGAUCUUCUGGUUCUUCUUUGGCUGUUAGUCGAGUCGAUGGCUCCAUGAAGCUCAUCGAUGAGGUUCCGGAGUGCAGCUCGCUUCGAGUUCCUAAGAUUUUUACAAUUUUCGGUGUUGUUGGGAUGUUGAGGCUCUUGGCUGGUUCAUACUUGCUGGUUAUAACUGAGCGUGAAUGUGUUGGAUCUUACCUGGGGCAUCCAAUUUUUAAAGUUUCUAGAUUGAAGGUGUUUCCAUGUGAUAAUUCUCUUAAAACUACCCCCGCUGAACAGAAGAAAAUAGAGAUGGAAUUUUCUGGGCUGCUUAAUGUUGCUGAGAAAACCUCUGGUCUGUUCUUCUCAUAUGAAACUAAUUUAACUCUGAGUGCACAACGGUUGAAUGACCUGGGUGAUGAGUCUAGAUUGCUUCCUCUUUGGAGACAGGCAGAGCCUCGAUUCCUAUGGAACAAUUAUAUUUUAGAAGUGCUCAUAGAUAACAAGCUUGAACCAUACUUGCUCCCUGUAGUCCAAGGCAGCUUUUAUCACUUUCAAGCAGCCAUUGGGAUAGACAUUAUUGAUGUCACUUUGAUUGCUAGGAGAUGCACAAGAAGAAAUGGAACUCGGAUGUGGAGAAGAGGAGCUGAUCCUGAUGGCUAUGUUGCCAAUUUUGUGGAAACAGAACAAAUUAUGCAGUUUAAUGGGUAUACUGCUUCAUUUGUUCAGGUCCGUGGUUCUAUUCCUCUCCCCUGGCAGCAAAUUGUUGACUUAACUUACAAACCAAAGUUCGAGUUAUUGAAACCUGAGGAAGCUCCACGAGUCCUAGAGAGGCAUUUCUUAGAUUUAAGGAAAAAAUAUGGAGCAGUAUUGGCUGUUGAUCUUGUUAACAAGCAUGGAGGAGAAGGGCGACUGUGUGAAAAAUUUGGUAGUACAAUGCAGCAUGUGGCUAGUAACGAUGUAAGAUAUCUGCACUUUGAUUUUCACCAUGUCUGUGGGCACAUUCAUUUUGAUCGUCUCUCAAUCCUUUAUGAUCAAAUAUCAGAUUUUCUUGAGAGAAACGGAUAUCUUCUGUUAAAUGAGAAGGGAGAGAAAAUGAAGGAGCAACUUGGAGUUGUUAGGACCAAUUGUAUUGAUUGCCUAGACCGUACAAAUGUAACUCAGAGCAUGAUUGGCCGGAAUAUGUUGGAAUACCAGCUUAGAAGGCUUGGUGUCUUUGGUGCUGAAGAAACCAUAAGUUCACAUCCAAAUCUGGAUGAAAGCUUUAAGAUCUUGUGGGCUAAUCAUGGGGAUGAUAUAAGUACUCAAUACUCUGGAACUCCUGCUCUUAAAGGAGAUUUUGUCAGAUUUGGGCACCGCACAGUUCAAGGAGUUAUACAAGAUGGUUGUAAUGCUCUUCUACGAUAUUAUUACAAUAAUUUCUGUGAUGGAACAAAGCAGGAUGCAAUUGAUCUCCUGCAAGGACAUUAUAUAGUUUCUGUCAGCCGAGAUACAGCUUCCACUUCUCAGAAAGGAGGCCUUGAAGCUAUAGCUUCAUUUCCUCUGGCUUUUGGUCUGGUGUUGACUGGUUUUCUCUUUGCAACCAUGUCAUUGAGACAAGUUCAAUACGAUUUUCGACACUUCUUCUUUUCACUAAUGUGGGCGGGCAUUAGUGUGGGUAUAGCAGCAUUUGUGAGGGCCAACGGUCGUGUUUUCUGCAACAGACCUCGCCUACACAAUCCCCGGUGAAAACUUCUAUAGAAAUCAGUUUGAGCAAUUGAAAUUUUUAUGUGAAGUGUCCAGCUUCUGCAGCAGGAGUCACCGGCAGAGACCUUAGUUCUACAUCUAGUCACUUUAACGAUCAACAUUUACGAGAGGCUCCUUCUUGCAGCUUAUUAUAUUUAUUCUUUCUUACUAAUUUGUAAUCAUUGUAGCUUCCAGAUAUAUAUUCAUACCAUAGUCCAUUUAAGUGAUUGCUAUUUCACCGGUGUUUCUUACGCACCGUCUCCUUGUAUAUUUGAGUUUCUAUUUGCGUUGUCUUUACAAGAUUAUGGAGGUAUUUUAAGGUUCUCAGAAAACAUAUCGAUGUGAUUCUCUUCUAUUCUUUAAGAAAAUUAUUGAUUCGUGCAA